AUAAACAAACGAGAACAAACGAGGAUCGACCGAAUCUACCAAUCACGUUUAUCGAAUUUUCAGUUCGAAUUUGUUGUGACAGUUAAGUAAUGCAGGUGCCUGAGAAAGUUGAUUGAAAAUUCGUUUGUAAUUCUUUAAUAACCAUACGUCUCUGUGAUUUAUUUAUCUGUGAGAUAUUAAAACGUACAAGUCAAGGUUCAACUGUUUGUGUUAUUAGUUUCGACGGGUGUACGGAGGUUUUUGCAUACCUCGUAUGUUUUACAGUUUCGAUUUGCAUUGACGUAUCCAAAAUAUUUAUUUUAUAUACCAAUGGAAAUAUAUACUUUUGAUAAAAGUCUUCAAGAGAGACUGGUCGAGUUCAAUGACAUUUUAUCUAGCAGAGGCGAAAUCGUACCCGCUUCACAAAUUCUGGCAGAAUGGUCUUACCACGUGGAGCUCGUGAUAGAACCUGUUGGAUGGCAAGCUUUAUGGAGAAUACCACGACUGGUCUGCGAGGACUUCCAAAUUCACUAUCCCACGAUAGUGGUCGUAGAAAUCGAAGAAGUUGAUUUCUCUGAUUUGUCUGCAUUAGUGAAGAUCACCGCUGUUCAAGACGAGAUUCAAUUGCCAGAUAAAUGUGAUGUUCAUCUCAUUGAAUUAUAUCCAACGCUUAACCAGGAGAACACAGCAUUGGACAUGGUGGGAACUGCUAACUGUAUCGACCAACUAAGGUUCUUUUACAAUUAUUUAUGGAUGCCAUGGGAUGUGGAUGAUGAUGAUGAUGUCGAUUGGGUGUCUGUACAUCUGGAAACGAGAAUUAGAUUGUUCUUUGACAUGAAAAGGGGCAUAGUCAGCAAAGACACCUGUGAAAUCAUCAGAGGUCUAGUGAGGGAGGGAAAAGAGAUUCAACAAAAAAUAUCGAAAUUGGAGAACACAAUCUCAGAAGAGGAGGAGGAAUCUGAAAGUAAUAUUGAUGGAGGAACAGCAUGUCAGUUGAUGAAACUUCAUUUUAGAUUACAACAAAUUAAGAGAGAAAUGGAAGUUCUUGAGAAUCCAUCUAUGAGAGAAAUUCUCGUUAUGAAUAAGACUUCGUCCUCGGACAAUGAUAAACUAGAGAGGAAAGAUAUGAAAGAGAAGAUGGAAGGCUACUUCGUAUGGCUUGGUGGUAGUCUAGAAGAAAUGAAGGAAGCCAUAAACAAGGCUCAAUCUUUGACACCUGCAGAGUUGUAUUUCAAAAUAUCUGGAUCUUUAUUUGACACACUGCAUACUUGUGAUGCAGGAGAUAUCAUAUUAGUUGGAGAAGGAACUCAUCAAAUAAAAAGUGCUGGGAGCUUGGAAGAUGGAGGAAUUAUUAAAGGAAUUUAUAACUUUGAGAAUACUAUUCUUAAUAUGAAAGAAACAGAGACUGCACCCUCAUUGUUCGACUUCUCUGGCAAUGAAGUUUUAUUGGAGAAUAUAACUAUGAACGUGGGUGAUCUAAGAGCAGCUAUAAUAGUGAGGGCUGGUACCACAAAAAUAGUCAAUUGUAAAAUAUGUGUCUUAAAUCAGAGUACAGUAAAACUAGGAGUUGUCGUUUUACCCGAUGCGAAACUAGUAAUGGAAAAUACUCUUCUGGACAGUCUUGGGACUGGUUUAGUCAUUUAUUGCAAUGGAGAAGUAACACUGAACAACUGCAGUUUUAAAAACUGCGCGGAGGGUAUACAACUUCACGAUGGUGCAAAAUUAAUUGGAAAAAAGUGUAGUUUAAGUAACUUCAAAGAAUACGCGAUCCGAUUGGAAACACAGAAAUACUUAGAAGACUCGAAGAGUAAAGUCGGUGGCCCAGAAUUACUGGAAAAAGUGCCGGAAAUUUCGCUGAGUGAUUGUAAAUUCGAGUCAAACGGCAAAGGCGACGUCGCGUUAAAACCUGGCAUGCAGUUUAUUUCCAGAAAGCAAGAUGAACCCAUGAAUGUGGAGGCAUAAAAAGUAAUUUGUUUUAUUAUAAACGAGAUUUUUAUGAUAAACUAUUUUUAUUACGAAUGCGCAUGUAAUUAUUGAAUCAUAUAGAAAUAUAAGACUGUUCUUUUUAUAUGAUGA